CUCAGAGAUGGUGGCUAGCCAGACCGGAGAAAGCAGACGUGGCCAUGAGGCAGUCGUGUUAGGAGACUUUGUUACUCUGUGUGUUUUAUGUGUAAAAACUUACUAUAAGAAGGGAAAUAAGGGCCAGAAAGGAGAUUAAGACAUGUUUGAAUCAUUCGACGUUCUGCCUUCUAAAGAAAGACCACUAUUGGGUUGACAUAUUUUCUUCUAGACUUUUCUAAAAUUAGGAUUUAGGUGUUUUGUUUUUUUUAAUGCACAGUUAUAAUUUUCCAACAUGCAAUUUACCCUUAUGAUCCCUAGCAUUAUGGCAUCAGCCUCUUCCAUGAGAUUGCAGACUCUUCUGAGCAUUCUAUUUUUGACUCCACAAGAUCCCUAGGAGACUUCCACAGCCAUCUCAAGUGGGCUGGGAAGCCCGAGGCCUGAGUCAGGAGACCAGAGCCUGAGCGCCACCUGCCACCGCCUCCCCAGGGCUCCACGGACAAGUCACUGCACACUCUCUGGGCCGCAGCUUCCUCGUCACUAAAGUGAGGGAUUGCACACCCUGCUCUGCAGGCCUCGCAGCUCAGAUGAGCAAAAGUCUCUUGGAAACUGUCAAGGGCUGCACCCCAGCAGGAGUUUUCUUUCUCUUCCCUCAGUCUCUUCCUGGGAAAGUUGUGCUCUCCCCUUGGCUCUUUUUGCUAAGAGGCUUGGAGCCAGAGUGCCAGACCCCAGCGUCUCUGAGACACACAUGUGAAGGCACCCCACCUUACAUUACCCCAAAGGGGAUGUUUCCUCUGAGCAGAACAGGGGCACUGACCAUCAGAGACCUCCAGCCCGCACCUCUGCCUAUGCCCCCUUCUGGGUCCAAAGUUGUGAGGCCGCUCUGGGAUUUCUCCCUUCUCUUCUCCCAGCCGUUUGUGAUGCCCCUGAGAGGUCCCUGGGCUCCACUGCGACCUCAGGAAAGCCCCAGAGACAUUGAGUAUGAGAAAGCUUGGCACCUCCCUCGUUACAGCCGUCAGCGGCAACCGGAGCGUGGCCCUGGGCCUAUGGACACCUAGCUCUCGUUUUCCCAGCAAUACACCGAUGUACAUGUUCCAUGUGAACCAAGCCAAUGACGAGGUUAUGAAGGCCUGAGUUCGCUUCCUGCCUCUGCCACCUUCCUUUCUCAUCCUCAGUUUCCCCCACUCUAACGUGGACAGUGGACUGCUGACCUCCUGGAGUGACUGAGGAUUGCAUGAGGGAACACGUGUCUAGCCCUAGCACAUAGUGAGGACUGGUUCUGUCACCGUCAGCACUCUCCACUCCAUGUCCAGGCCUGGCCCAGAGCCGGGGCCCAGGGAGAGGGGUCCACUGUGCAGGGCUGAGCAAGAUGCCCUGGGAGGAUUCACAAGCACAGUUUUUCAGGGGGGUCGCGAUCUACGCUUCUGCUGCCCAGGUAUCAGCUGUCACCAGCAUUGCCGCUUUGGCUUGGCGAUGACCACCCAGCAUGUGUACACAGUUCUUCACAGUUUGCAUUGCACUUGAUUGAGUGUUGCAUCAACUUAUAUGAGGAGGGGAGGGCAGGAGUUAUAGUGGACGAAGCUGAGGCCUGGAUGGGGGCAGCGAGAGGCCCCUCUCUGGAGGGCGAGGGGAAGCGUUGGGCCCUGUAGGGGCUGCCGGUUACAUAAGCAGGAGCUCGGGAGAGGGGCCCUUCAGCACUUAAGAGACACAUUGUAUAAUCACCUUUGGGAACCAGAGGGUAAUCUUGGGGCCUUUUUGUGUGUGUGGUGUUUGUUUAAACACCAGGAAAGGAGGGUAUGAGCAGAUCGGCUUAACAGGGAAGGUGAGGCCCUGAGUGGUAAUGAACCCCUGCAGUGAAAAGCUCACCCUGGGAACAAAAGGGCAUGAAGCAACUUAAUAUUUUUCUUUUAGUUCCAGACAUUGGAACACUCUGUCCUGCCUCAAUUGGGACCAAGCCCAGGAUGCACCUGGGCCGGGUUUAAUCCUCAAAUUGGAUGGUACAAAAGAAGGGGUGGAGAAGAGGGGCGCACAUAGUGGGGUGGAGCCCGGGGAGUGGGGGAACAGCCCCACUUCCCCUGCCCCCGCUCAGAGCCAGAGGGCAGAUCAAGUGGCUGCCCCUUUAAAGUUUCAUGUGGGGCUGGUAAUACUAUCCUGCUGCUCCCUCCACACACCCCCAAGCCCGGAAGGUGGGCAGGUCCCUGGUCCACCCCUCCCUGAAGGCCAGUGACAGGAAGAGAGGACAGUGGGACAGAGCAGCUAAAGAACUUGCCGGAGUGAAGCUUGGUGCCUUCUAUCUCCUGAGUGGAGUGGCUGCUGUGUGGCCGGAGCGGUGUGUGACCACAGACCUGUCCACUUAGAAGCUUUCACUGUUCAACCCUCUCAUCCUCCUACGAGCACCACUGUCCAGGGAGCUACAGUGCACAGGCUUUGGGGCAGACAGACAUGCCCCCCACCAUGCCGUGGCCCCUGCUGCUGCCGCCCCUGCUGCUGUUGCUGGCCACGAGCGGGGCCCAGACCACCCGGCCCUGCUUCCCCGGAUGCCAGUGCGAGGUGGAGACCUUUGGCCUCUUCGACAGCUUCAGCUUGACACGGGUGGAUUGCAGCGGCCUGGGCCCCCACAUUGUGCCCGUGCCCAUCCCCCUGGACACAGCCCACCUGGACCUGUCCUCCAACCGGCUGGAGACUGUGAAUGAGUCUGUGUUGGCGGGGCCAGGCUACACCACGCUGGCUGGCCUGGACCUCAGCCACAACCUGCUCACCAGCAUCUCACCCACAGCCUUCUCCCGCCUUCGCUACUUGGAGUCACUCGACCUCAGCCACAAUGGCCUGGCAGCCCUGCUGGCCGAGAUCUUCACCAGCUCACCCCUGAGUGACGUGAACCUAAGCCACAACCGGCUCCGUGAGGUCUCUGUGUCCGCCUUCACCACGCAUAGCCAAGGCAGGGCACUGCACGUGGACCUCUCCCACAACCUCCUCCACCGCCUGGUGCCCCCGACCUCGCGGGCCAGCCCACCUGCACCCACCAUUCAGAGCCUGAACUUGGCCUGGAACCGUCUCCGCACUGUGCCAGACCUCCGGGACUUGCCCCUGCGCUACCUGAGCCUGGACGGGAACCCGCUGGUGGCCAUCGGCCCCAGGGCCUUUGAGGGGCUGGCCGGCCUUACACACCUGUCACUGGGCAGCCUGCAGGGUCUCCCCCAGCUGGCGCCCUAUGGCUUCCGUGAGCUGCAGGGCCUGCAGGUCCUGGACUUGUCUGGCAACCCCAAGCUCAAGUGGGCAGGAGCUGAGGUGUUCUCAGGCCUGGGCUCCCUGCAGGAGCUGGACCUGUCGGGCACAGGCCUGGUGCCCCCGCCCGAGAAGCUGCUCCUCCACCUCCCAGCGCUGCAGAGCAUCAGCGUGGGCCAGGGCGUGUGGUGCCGGCGCCUAGUGCGGGAGGGCACCUACCCCCGACAUCCCGGCUCCACCCCCAAGGUGGCCCUGUACUGCGUAGACACCCAGGAAUCGGCUGGCGGGGGCCCCGAUACCUUGUGACGAAUGGUGUGGCCCGGGGCCACAUAACAGACUGCACCCUGGGCUUCCUCAGGUCCGGGGUAAUUUAUACUUUAAUGUGCCAAUGCCAGGGGACUCUGCAGGCCUGUGUGGCAGCGUCAUUGCAAGAGAGGCUUUGGACCUGGGACCCACACCCAAAAGCAAAGUCUUGCCCCUUUGUCUAUGUUGCUCCCCAGACCAUAAGCUGAGGGUCUUCGAUGCCAAACCAGACAGCAGUCCCCUGCUGUCCUUCCCAACUUGUCCCCGAAGUGCCUUCCCUGAGGCCUGGACCAACCUGACCCAUGCAGGAGGAGGAUGGAAGGGAGGUAGUGUUGCAGGACAGAGGUCAGGUCCAGCCACUCAGGGCCGUGGGGUUCUUUUAUGACUUAGGCCUCUCUUUGCUCUCAGCAUGUGAGGCCUACUUCAUCCUCCCCACCUACCCCACCCCCACCCCCAGAAUUCUGGGUAGAACUUUGAUUAUAGAAGGACUGGAGAAAAAAAAAUCAAGUCCACCUCCUCAUUUGAUAGAUGGGAAACUGAGGCCCAGAGAAGGAAAAAUGCUAAUCUGAGGUACUAUGGGGCAGAGGCUUGACUGGGCCAGUGGCCUGCCUCCCAGCAGGGCCCCUUUGCACUUUUCUGUCUUCUCUAAAUCCUACUCUCCCCAUCCCCUUUCUGGGUUCCCUCUUGCUUCCAAGAACCAUAUCCUGCCAUUUGUGCCCUUUCCCUGUCAUCCCCAGAAGAAUAGGCAAGGGCCUUGGAGGUGGGACUCCGGGUCUGGUAACCAGCUGUGCAGCACAGGCUAAGUCAGUUUCACCUUGGAGCCUCUGGAAGCUUCAGGCAUGCCAGUCCCAGCCCUGCCAGUUUCCCACUCUGGGGUGGGGUCCUCCAGCAUCAAGACUGGAAAUUUGCCUGUUGACCCCAGAGGUACCUCCUCUGGCCCAUACCCCAAGGAGAUGAUGCAGUCCUGGAGCCUAGCCAGGCCCUGAGCUCCAGGGGCCUCCUGGAUUCAGCUCCCACUGGCCCUGAGCCCAGCAGCCCAUUCCACCCUACUGAGAAUGAAGCAAACGAGGCAGGGUAGCCCCCACCCAUGUUUAUGCUCCCCUACCAGGGUGGCAUCUCAGCUCCUAGGCCCAGGCUCUUUCUUUUAUGUCAGUUUUAUAAAAGUUAUCUUUUUAAUGGACUGUCACCUUCAACCACCCUCUCUUCUGGGCCCCUGCUGGCAGGGGAUGGAAACAUGUCAUUUGUAAAAGCAGAAAAACAUUGCAUUUGUUCACUUUGCAAUGCAUUGACACAUUGCAUUUGUAAUAUUGUGUCCUGGUGGGGUGUGUUGGGGGAGGAGGCAUGGGUGGAAGCCAGCCAUAUGUGGCCAUGUGGGGCGCUAGGGGGCGGGCCCCACAGGACACCCACAGGACAAUGAGAGCUCUGUCUUCCCCCUCCAGCCCCACCCAACACCUGGUCCUUGGUGUAAUAAACACUAUAAAGAGUCCCUCUUUCCAUCAUUUGACCAGCAUCCACUGACAUUCCCUAGACUGGGCCCUGGGGCCACAAGGAUGAAUUGGGACCAGCUUGUUCUCUGAAAAGUCCAGUAACCUCCCAGGAUUGGGUGAGUAAAAGUGACGUGAGGAAGGGAGUUGUUUGGGGUGGAUUUCACCUUUCACUGGAGCUUACACUCUUUCUGCCUUCCUUAUCUCCCCUCUCCCUGCCACACCAACCCCACGAACAUGUCAGGCCCUUGCACACCUCUGCUUUGCUCAGGCUGCUAGUAUGGGACCUGGCCCUUGCCCCCAUCCCUGCCUCUCAUCUCCUUCCCACCCUAAUAGACCCAGUUGCUACCUCACCUCCUUAGCAGCUUUCCCUGAGGUCCUCCACCUCCCUCCUCUUAAGCUCCAAUAGUACUUUGUUCCUUCUUGGCAUUUCAACUGCUGUGGGACCCUAACUCCUUUUUACACACUUCUGGUGACAGGGGAUCCAAUUCUGGCUCUGCUGUCAGGAAGUUCUUACUCCUAACUGGCCAAGAUCUGCAGGGAUAUCCAUCACCACCACCAACAGGUUUUUUCCUGCUGUCUACUCUGUGCCCUGGGACUCAUGUUCCUGGGGUGGGAGAGGGGAGGACACCUAACUAUAAGAGCAGCACAGGGAGCUGUGAGAGCCCUGUGGUGGGGUUAGGAAGGCUUCCUGGAGGAGGCUCAGCCACAGCAAUGACAGGGACAAGUGGGCCUGGACAAAGGGGCUGGCACUUGGGAGAGGUCCUGGGUAAGCAGUGGUACAGAGCCCAAGAACAUUCAGGCCUUGGCUAUGGUUGGGGUACUUCCCCAUCAUGUGACUUAGGCCCCCCCGGGCUUGGGCUCCCUGAGCCAGAGACUGAGCCCCGUCAAUAUGGGAAGAGAUCUGAAGCGUGGGGAGAGAGGGAGGGUCAAGGUGAGAACGCAGCCCUCACAGCUCUUGAAUUGGUUCUCCACCCCUCCCACUUGGGACAAGUGAGACCUCAAAUGCAGGGUCCGGGAGAGAUCCCUGGGACUUUAACCUAGUGGGGCUGGGCCCUCCCAAAGGCCUGCUUGAAGAAGGCGUCUUUUGGGUAGGGCCAUGGAACAUAGGAAUCUUAAACUAAGUGCUGAAGGGGAAGGGCACCCUGGUCUCCUUCAGGUCACCUCCACCCUGAGCUGCAGCUUUCACAUCCUGCAAGCCGACGUAGGGGUGAAACUCCAGUGGAAGGAUGAGCAGACGCCUCCACACCAUGCGGGCUCCUUCUUCCUGAUGCGGCCAUCACCACAACCCCCGAAUGCUGGUGGAAAGGAGAAUCCCGCGGGGCAACCGGCCUCGCUGAUUCCGGCGUCCCAACGGCUCCUCCGGAGGCUCCCGGCGCGCAGCGCCACCUGGUGGUCAGCAUGUCCAGACACCCCCCCAGGUCUGAGGGCCAAGGAGACACCCAAGGCCCAAGGCCGCUGGAGGCCAACGUGGACCUGCGCAGCUGGCACAGCCAGUCUCUCCUUCCCCUCGCGGACCGCCUUCAUCCACACUCCGCCCUCCUGGAACCCUGGGGCCGAGGAUGAGGUCAUUGGAAUUUUACAGAACUAUAGACAUGAGUGCAAAGUUUCCGUUUUGGAGUUUCCGAAGAGGGUUAAAAUCCUGGGUCCAUCAGGAACCAGUUGCAUGACUUUAACCAAGUCACUUUCUCUGGGCCUGGAAAAUGGGGAUGAAAAUAUUUCCCUGCACAGGGUUGUAUGAAGAGUAAAGGAAGGAACAUCUGUAAAGAAUCAAGUACAGUGCCAGGCACAAAAUAGACACUCCAUAAAUGCUUGUUUCCGCCCUCAUUCGACCAUAGAAUUAUGAAUUAGAUUACAGAGCCAUGUGGUCUUAGACUCAUAUUUUGAUAACUGACUCAGAACUGAAGAAUGUCGUGAAGGUUUAGGAUGGUAGAGCUACAGAAUAACAGUGUCAUCCGCAGGAUCUUGGCUCUGUGUACCUUAUCACAGGACAGACCUUCAGUGCGCACGUCAGCCUGUCACGGACUGGCUUUUCAGUGCGGAUGUCAGUUGCGUUUUAUUGGUGGGGAAACAACUAAGGCACAGUUUGCGGUCACGGUCCAGGCUGGGUCACAAACGUUUCACUGCACUUCAUUCACAAUUCAGUUGCCAUUACUGGACACCUGUUCCUUGGACUGGGUAUUCAUGCUGUCAUUUCCUCCCCACAACAACUGCCCUUGGUGUUACGGUCACCGUACAGAUGAAGGCAGCCUGAGCCUGACUUCAUCUGUCAGAUGACUAGUCUCAUUCUUGCCUGUCCAACCUCAGUGGCCAGGCCAGCUGUGGCAGAUCCCACGUGUCAGAGAGGGUAGAGGUGCUCUGAGAAAUCCAAAACCACUAGGAUCCCAUUAAUUGUUCUGUCGGGAGGGGAAAAAAAAGCUGGGAAAGUUAUGCUGCUCUAAGCAUCUCCCAUCAGAUCCAUGGGUUCUAGAUCCUAGAACAUGAAAAGCCAAAGAUAAAAGCCUUCCCCUCCUGGCCCCAUUUCACAGAUGGGAAGACGAGGCCCAGAGAGGCGCAGCCCAAAGUCAUAGGGCAGGUGACAUGGCCACAAGUCCACGAUUCUGUGCUUCAGAACUGGCUACAUAAUCAGUGGGACCCAGUGCAAAAUGAAAAUGUGAGGUCUCUUGUUCAAAAUUGUUAAGAAUGUCAACAUGGUAAGAGCAGAACCUUAAACCAAGCACGAGGCCCUUCUAGGGUCCCACUGCUGUGCAGCCAGCCCUGCUGUGCUUUAAUCAUACAAUUUACAGAGAAGGAAAGGGCAAAACACCCCAUGCUGGUCAGGAUGGCAAAAGAGAGUCUCUGUGGAUUUGUGUGAAACCCCAUCCCUCUAGCCCAGGAAGCUGAUUAGAUUCAAACCCAGGAAUUUCCCUCCAUGGGUGUUAUCACACCACCCUCUGAUUUCCCCAAAUUGUCACAGCCAAAAGGUUUUCGAGAGAGAGAGCAGAUAUCAAUGGAGACACCAGCACCCACCAACUGCCUCCAAACCAGCCAUGGGAUGUCUCUCUGUACAAGACUACUGUAGGCAGUCUACCUUCUGCUCAUCCCUAAUGUCCACCAAGACAGAGGUCCUCAUAGGCUCACAGGGCCUUGUGCACAGAUGCUUAGUGGUCUGUGUUGGCUAAUUUCAGCAAGGAGCAAAUGCCCAUUGAUACCUAACAUUUAUUGAUAUCUAAUAUUUAUCAAUAUCUAAUGGCUGACAUCCACAAAGCCAUAUAUACCAAUGCCAGUGUUUGCAGGUAGCUCAUCACAAGGAUAACUGCUCUGCUCAUUAAUACCUAAUGUCAGUCCAUAGCUCAACAUCUGGCAGCAGCAAAUAGCCAUCCAGUUAAGUCACAUGCCCUGUGUUUAUUCAUGUAUUUAUUUAAGUCCCAAUGGUUUUAUUUAUGGGGAUUAUUGUGUUUGCUGAGCUGGGUGGGAAUUCUUUCUGUGUUUACUGUUUAAUUCCAAAAGCUAUUUAUUAUUUUCUUUGGCAUACCCAUUAUUCAAAAGAUUCUGAAUUAGGAACACUAGCACACAUUUAUGUUUCUUGACCUAUACACAUAUGUAUAUGUAAUUAUUAAAUACAUGAUACAGGAAGACAGAGCAAAAGAGACCCUGCUUUGAGGACAGAAGUGUCAAGCCAGGAAAAAUUUACUAAUUAGUUGAUUCUUAGAGGCAGCACCUUUUCCAAAGCUGAGUGAAAAUUCAAGGCAUCAGCCCUUCUGCUCAGGCAAAGAAGGACAAAAGUCCCUACUUUGGGUUGAAAAAAUCUAGGGACUCUAAAAGGUUAGGACAACAUAACCAGUGGUUAAGGCACAGCAAAGAGAGGCUGCCUGGGCUCAAGGCCAGCUCUGCUACUUACAGCUAAGUGUCCUGGGGUAAGCCCUCAACUUCUUAGGCCUCAGUUUCCCCAUCUGUAAAAUGGAGACGGUAGCUACCUUACAGGGAUAUUGUAGGAAAUAAGUCAGUGUACAUAAAACACUUAGAAUAGCACCUGGCAUAUAAUAAGUGCCAUAUAAUAAAUACAGAACACAAUGGACCUUUGAACAACUCAAAAGUUAAGGAAGACAACCCUCCAAGCAGUCGAAGAUCUGAGUUUAACUUUAUCAUCAGCCUUCCAUAUCUACGGUGUCAUCUGUAGAUUCAAGCAACUAUGGGUCAUAAAGUAUGCAUUUAGUGAAAGAAAUUCGCAUAUAAGUGGACCGGUGCAGUUCAAACACAUGUUGUUCAAGAGCCAACUGUACUUUUUAAACAUUUUUUGGAAAAAUCUUUUGUCAAACUUUAAAGCAUGCUGUGACUCAAAGCAUUCUCAGGCAGGGUUCUUUUGGAGGCCAUCAGCUCUCAGCAGGUGAUCUCACAGAAGCUGUGGUCCUUAGGACUGUGUCUGAAAUAAGGUUCUACCCUCUGCACCAACACAUUUUGAAACUGCCUCACCAUACAGCUUCCUCCUAACACUCGGUGUUGAGGAAAUAUCCCCAUGACCGUUCUCCCCAGGCCUGGCAGUCACAGGUGGAAUGGCCCACCUGUUGGGAUUUGAGACUCAGUGACAACUCGCCCCUCUUCUCCCUCUCCCAGACAGCCUCACUCUUGUUGUCUGAUGUCUUUGCUAGACAGACAGGGGCCCAAAAGUGACACACCCUAAAAAGUGAUUUUUAAGGUGAUGUGUCAAUAGGACAGUUGCUAAGAUUAUGAUUCUAGAGGCAGGAUUAUGAGACCCAGAAAGAAGGGAGUUGAAAGAUAAGGUCUUUUACAUCUGCUGCCUUCUCUGUCAACCAGUGUGAUAUUUUGUCAUACUGGUGACCCCCCAGUGAGUCACACCUGGUAUUAUCACCCUGCGUAGAACCACCCUCUUGAAUCUGGGCUGGGCCUGUGAUUUGCUUUAAUCAAUAGAAUGCAGCAGAAGUGGCUCUGGAUCAGCCCCAGACCUAAGUCUUAAGCAAGUCUGGCAGGUUUCCCUUUUGCAAUCUUGGGAGUCCGGAGCUGCCCCAUACAGAGUCUGGUAAGACCACGUGGAGAAGCCCGAAGGCCAUAUGGAGAAAGAAAGGCUCAGCCAUUCAGUAUCCCAGCAGAUCUCAGAGCCUGGCCAGCCCUUCACCUACAGAAGUGACUGCAACAAAAGCAGCAGAAGAACCAACCAGCGGACCCCAGCCCUGAUCGCAGAAUCAUACGCUUAAACCAAACGACGCCUGUGCUAAGCCAUUAUACUUUGGAGGGCUUCCUACACGGCGGCAGACAACCAAAACAGCCAAGCCACAGGCUCUGUGCCCGUGCCCUCCCCAUUUCUGUUGCCUCUCCUCCACCCCCUCUGGCUUUCCUGGUAAAAGAACUGCUAACCUAGCCAUGGGACCUGAGCAGCUGAAGAUGCAAAGAUGCCAAAUGACAAAGUCAGACAGCCAGACCUUCCUCAAGAGUGGCCAGUCUGAAGGGACAGGGCAGAGAGGCACAGUUAAGAGGAGACACACGCGCCCGGUAUUUUAAAGUUUAUGAGACACCACCCUGCACACGAACUCUUCUUUUGUUAUAUUUUUGUCUCACAGCCACCCAGCAGGCUCAGCCUGUCUCCUCUCAGCCCAGACAAAUGACUUGCAGGUCCCCAGGCAGACCCAUCUGUCACACUGGGACUCCCCUUGUCUCUGCACAACCCCAGAUGGAAACUGGGAGAAUAAAUACCUAGACCCAC